AUACUUUCCAAAGAAAUCAUGACUUGUGGUUGUAAAGCCCCUAAAUGUGAACAAAUUUAAAGAACUAUGAAAAUCUUCCGAUGUGCUGUUCAGUAAAUGUUCUUUAUUAAUCUGAUCAUCAGUCAGUUUGACUUCAAAAUUGGUUAAUUUCCAAGAAAUAAGAAGCUGUGCGAUGAAUCCUGCAAGAAAGCAGAAAGCUACUCUUGGAUCAUGAAAACUGUCAGUGCGCGCAACAAAGAGAGAGAGAAAGAGCGAGAGAGAGGGAGGAAAAUAGAGAGAAACAGAGAGAGAGAGAUUUUCAGCGGCGGCUGAGCGCUUAAACCGCCCAGGAACAUUUAUCCAGCCAACUGUCUCAUCCGGGUCUUCCUCCUCCUCCUCUGGGUUUAGAGUUGACUUUCCUCUGCGCUUCUUGGAGCGGCAGCAGCAACACAUGCCUGCCUGUGCAGCGGAGCCGCGGCUGUGAUUCAGAGCGCAGCUCCGUCUCCAUCACCGGCUCACCGGGAGGAUGUCCGCCGCGCCGCUCAACAAGUCCCCGCUGUUUUUCCCCCGUUAACCGUUGAUGGCGGCGGAAUGGAGAUAGCCUUGGUGAGUUUUGAGAACGGCGGCGCUAAGGGGAGCGGCGGCGGCGGCGGAGGAGGAGGAGGCGGUAAUGCCGAAGAGAGCUGCCGGAACGCACUGGAGGUCCCUCAGCCGGGGUUUGUUCAAAGUGGACUGGGAGAGGAGUUCGGUAAGGAGCUGAACACCCGGGGGAGUCCCCAGCAGCAGCAGCAGCACCACCAGCAGCAGCAGCAGCGCAGCCCCUGGAAGAUCAACGACAUGAACAACACUCUGAGCUGUAGCGAGAACGCCAUGGAUGCGCUUUUACGCGCGGACCACAGUCCCCACCUGUUCGACGAGGACAUGCUGGACAUGGACAUGGACACCGAGAGCAACGAGAGGGUCCUCAUCAACAUCGCCGGGCUUCGGUAUGAAACCCAGCUGGGUACCCUCAACCAGUUCCCGGACACUUUGCUGGGAGACCCGGCCAAGAGGAUCAAGUACUUCGACCCGCUCCGGAACGAGUACUUCUUCGACCGCAACAGACCCAGCUUCGACGGGAUCCUCUACUUCUACCAGUCCGGGGGGAAGAUCCGGAGACCCGUGAACGUUUCGAUCGAUGUGUUCGCGGAUGAGAUCCGGUUCUACCAGCUGGGAGAAGAGGCCAUGGAGCGGUUCCGAGAGGAUGAAGGGUUCAUCAAGGAGGAGGAGAAGCCGCUGCCGCAGAACGAGUUCCAGAAGCAGGUCUGGCUCAUCUUCGAGUACCCGGAGAGCUCCAGCCCGGCGCGGGGCAUCGCCAUCGUGUCCGUGAUCGUUAUCACCAUCUCCAUCAUCACCUUCUGCCUGGAGACGCUGCCGGAGUUCCGGGACGAGCGGGAGCUGGCGGUCAGCAGUCGGCUGGACAACAGCACCGCGCCCCGGCCGUCCCCCACCUUCACCGACCCCUUCUUCAUAAUCGAGACCACCUGCGUCAUCUGGUUCACCUUCGAGCUGAUCGUGCGCUUUUUCGCCUGCCCGAGCAAGUCCGAGUUCUCCAAGACCAUCAUGAACAUCAUCGACAUCAUGUCCAUCAUGCCUUACUUUAUCACGGUGGGCACGGAGCUGGCGGAGCAGCAGGGCCAGGAGCACCAGAACGGCCAGCAGGCCAUGUCGCUGGCCAUCCUGAGGGUCAUCCGCCUGGUCCGGGUCUUCCGGAUCUUCAAGCUCUCGCGGCACUCCAAGGGGCUGCAGAUCCUGGGUCAAACCCUCAAGGCCAGCAUGCGGGAGCUGGGUCUGCUCAUCUUCUUCCUCUUCAUCGGGGUCAUCCUCUUCUCCAGCGCCGUGUACUUUGCGGAGGCCGACGAACCGGAGUCCCAUUUCUCCAGCAUCCCGGACGCCUUCUGGUGGGCCGUGGUCACCAUGACGACGGUGGGCUACGGCGACAUGCGGCCGGUGACUGUCGGGGGGAAGAUCGUGGGCUCCCUGUGCGCCAUCGCCGGCGUCCUGACAAUCGCGCUGCCGGUUCCGGUCAUCGUCUCCAACUUCAACUACUUCUACCACCGGGAGACGGACCAGGACCAGUCCAGCCUGAAGGACGAGCCCAGCGGGGGGCCGGAGAGCCCAGAGGUGAAGCGCAAAGGCAGCAGGACGUCGGUGAAGUCUCAGGAUGUGGAGAAGAACGAGUCCGACGGCGCUUCGGUGGAGAAGGCGAACAUUAAAGCCAACAGCAGCAUGGACUUCAAGAAAUCCCUUUACGCGUUUUGUCUUGACACGCGGGAGACGGACUUGUAGCCCCGCCGGGUCGGGCUCCUUCUGACCCAUGAACUCGGUUCUGACUAAAACUUUCCUCCCACAUCCAUCAGUGCAUGCAUGCAGCAGAGCGGCCCUUUAAACCUGCAGGAAAACAUGAACUCUGCGGGCUGCAAGAUGAAUUAGUGGGAAAUGGGACAUCAGGCCUCAGCAGAGGAUAAUCAGGGACAAUCAGGACUCUGGAUAAUUACUGGACAUGGCGGAGGAUUAUCCACACUCUGUGUACAUAAUGUAGGAAGAGAGAGGGGAAAAAUACUUUAUUACUUCCUACACUUAGUCAUGAUGUUUACAUCAAGCAGAUGUGUACAUAUUCCCCACAUCAAGCUGGAGAUUUUUGGAUUUGGUGUUAAUUUCUUCUCUUUUUUGGAAGGAUAAAAGUCUAUUUUUGAGAUGCAGACACUCAGGUUUUAUGGAAGAGCUGAAAUAUUUUUUUUUUGUUACUGAGAGUGGACCUCAGCCUUGUCGUUUGUGUUCGAUUCGUUUAAAUUAAAGAACUUUUUAUUUGCCAGGGGGGAAAUAAUGGACAGAAAACAAAGAACAGGAGCCAAGAAGAGACGACAGAGCAGAAAGGAUGUGGAGAAAUCGACUCUGAAACCAGAGAGUAUAAGCCCUGCCCUCCGACCAUCAGGGGAGUCGAUCGGACCGCAGGAACAGAACCAUCUGCUGCGCUUCCAGUCAGCAUCAACAGUCCUGUUCUUGGAACUCUGUGCCUUCAACCAAAACUCAUCCUGUGUUUUUGGGUUUUUACUUUUCCCUUGGAGCAGCUUUCGGAUGAUUUUUUUCUUCCUGACGGAUGAAGGAGGGCCUGGGAAUCGAGCUGCUGUCUGUCUGUGGAAACGAAGAAAAAAGAAAAACAAUCAAACACAUCCAGGAUUUUCAUCUUUGGAUCGUUUUAAUGUGGGGUUUUUUCUACAAAUUGUGUCAGUGAUUUACUUCCUAUUGGAGGAAAUCCCUCGCUGUGCAAUAUAAGUCCAUAUUUCUGUGAAGUUGUCAUGUGGAUGUAGAAUCUGGACAAACAUUUUGGUUUAUUUUUGUAAUAAUGUUUUUCUGAUUUCUAUUUUUCUAAAACAAUGUGAGACAGAUGAAGGGGAAAAAAAGAACAUUUUGAAGGAGAACGGAUGCUUGGAUGUUGUUUUUCCUCUGAUAUUCCCCUUUCCAAAGCCAUCAGAGAUGAUGCAUUCAGGGUCACACAGUCUGGGACGGACACAUCAGCUCGUCUCAACUGGAGCUACUUUUUAGGUGAUGUCUUCUGUAAAUUCAGGCGCCUAAAUCUGAAGUGUUUAGUAUUCUCUACCUUUGUGUGGCCUGUUCUUCUUGCUGUCGUUUUGUACCUACAUAUCAAUCAGGAAAUGGGAAGUUAGAAAAAGGAACGAGAAAAGAUGGAAAACACUCUGAGUUCUCAAACAGAGUCUAAAGUAAAUGACAAAAAGCUUGAAGCUGAGUUUACACUGCAUUUAUUUUAAUAUUUCUUUUAGGUUUUUAACUAACUCACAAACUAACAAAAAUAUUUAAAAACAUCCGUAGAAACCUCUGCCUCCACAUGUUAUUACUUUCCUGGAACUUCCAUGUUGCUUUCGUAAAUCCUUAAAGUAAUUUCCUGUCAUUUUCUGUAAGGUAACAUGUAAGUUACAGGAAAAUAUCAUGUAAGCAGCAGGUAAAAAACAAAUAAAUAGCCUCAUUAAGCACAUUUUGAGUCGCUGGACCAUGCCCUUAAAGUUCUAGAAAGUUAAGAGAACGUAACAUGAAAUCCUGGCUGUUCCCUUUAAGAUACGGUAAAGUAAUCAACAUUCCCAUGAUAAAUAACCUAAAAAUCCCAAUUAAAGUAGCCUGAAAGUGUCAGGAAAGUAAUAAGUAAAUUCUUGAAAUCUGUAGAAAGCACCAUUUAAGAUUCAAGGAAAUAAGCAGUGGUGGGCAUUUAGCUUAUUUGAAAUUGUUUGGCAAAUUUAGUUUCCUCUAAAUUCUAAAGAGCUAAUUUACUUGGUUGUUUUAGUGAACUUUCAGUUGAAUAAACUGAAUUGACAUAUGUCUUGAUGUUUUGGUUAUCGACUGUUAAGAAUUCUCCAAGUAGUUAGACGUUUAUAUUCAUGCUUUUAUUUUGAAGUGAGUGAAGACUGUUUACACAACAGUUCCAUUUCCUCUCCUCAUGUUCUCCAUCUGUGAUGCGGUGCAGCAGUUGAGGUUUAUUCUGUACCCAGAAUGCACCAUAAACACUUUAAAAUCUACUGAUGUCCUGCAUGUUUUCUGACCGAAGUCCUACAGUCAAGUUAGCAACAACUAUAAAAUUUAAAACAUGAGUGAAAUAUCUGCCCCAAAGAAUCACUUUCAGAAGUGAAACCGGAUAAGUAAGUGUGCAAAAACAAAUUUGUCCCAACAGAGGGGGAUAACAUAUGUCAACAUAUUAACAUGGUUGAAUUUAGCGCUAGCAUUAGCUUCUGCUAAAUACUAUUGGUAGUGCUUCAACAUUAGCAGAACUAAUGUUUAUGAUUAGUGCUUUAGGUUUAGUGCCAUAUGCUUGUAUGAACAAAAGUUCUUGUACUGGAGUGUUUUUUUUUCAUUUUCUGCUUCAAUAGUUAUGCUAGCAGUUUACAUUUUGAUCAGAUGCAGAUUAACAUGCAAAGACAGUGAAGGCGGGGCAUGUAAAACAUCUGUGCGAAUAGCCCACCACUAUGUGGGUCAUGUUUCUGCUCAUAAUGGAACAAUACUCGAACUUUAUUCAGAUAAUCUGAAACACGUCUUCCACAGAAUGGAAGAAAGGAAGCUUUUUAAUCUAUUACAACACGAUGGAGAAAAUGAGGUUUGAUUCGCAGCUAACAUUAUUUUAAAAAUCCAAGCAAUUUUCAUUAAAAGGGCUCUGUUUGAGAAUUUCCUCCUGUUCUGUUACUUGUCUUCUGUUUUCUGCACUUAUAAACUGUGCUCCAUGUCUCCUUGAUGCUGCUAUCCAUGUCCUGUGUAGAUUGAUGUUCAGCCUAAGUCCUGGCACAACAUCCUCUGUUAGCGCUCCUGCUAUGUUUUUACUGGAUCCUUUGAUUUGAUCAUGAAAUCAAAUCAAUCGAUCCAUGGUAAUUCUGGUUCAGUUUAUGGCUCCAGUAAAGCAAAUUCAGAGAUGUAUAUUUAUUUUUUGAGUAGUAUUUUCGGUUUACAAGCAAAGAUAUCCCUUUGGCACCAAGUGUACAUGGGCAUUAAAAUGUACAGUAAUUUAGUAAAUUGCUGUAGGACCUUAAGAAUUAUAUGGAUUAUAAGCACAAACAUCCAUUAACUCAGGGGCCAAUGUAAUAUUAUUCUCAGUCAGGGCAUAAGUUAGAAAAAAGCCAAAUAUAUUCAAAACAUUCAACAUUUUAUGUGCUAUAAACAAACUUUCAUCAACAUCCAACUUUGAGGAGUUUUUAUUAUCUUGUUUUCUUAAGAAUAUGAAAAGAUAGUUUAAAAGCCACCAAUUGAGACUGAUGCUAAUGUGCAAAGGCAAAAACCUCCAAGGACUCGAGAGAUCCUUGGAGGUCCUACAGAGAUAACUCAGAUUACAGAGAUUCAGAAACAGGACAAACCAGAAGCCCUGUCCUCUAAAAGCUGGAUCCUCUGUAGGCCCAGUCCUUCGCCAUGUGGAUAUAUACAUGAGCUGCGUGCAUAUUUCAAGUAGAAUAUAUUCAAUCUAUCACCACCUAAAUCUGACUGUGACUGAAGUAUGAGGUGCUCCACCAAACCGGUUCUUUCUUAGCACCAGUGGUUUUUAAGUUCCCACCUUGUCUGUCACUGUGGCAUUGGUUUAAUACCAGCUUUCUAAAGACCGUUCACAAACAGAACACAAAACAGUGGCAAUCAAAAUGAUGAAAAAUCAUGGACUGUUUCUCAAUAACAAUGAGGUAUCUGGUGUUAAAAAACACAGUUAACUGAGUCACAACUCAGGAACUUCAUCCUCCAAAAGACUGACCCUUCAAGGGAAUUGCAAUCGAAAAGAUUAUUCCUUUCAACGAUUAGUCCUCUCAACGAACAGGUCUAUUUAGUGACAGGUUCUCCGCAUCCAGGGUUUUAAGUCCAAGGUUUGGCAAAGGAACCUAGGUUUUCAAAGGUCAAAGCCCAGAAAAAGAUGUUACGUUUUAAAGAUGAUUUCUCCAUAAGCCCGGCCCUCUAAAGGUUGGAUCCCCCAAAGGGUCAGUCCAUUGUCAUGUGGCUUUAUCUUUGAGCUGUAUUGCCUUGACAUAGAGAACAUACUGUAAGUUACUAUAUAUCACUGCCUAAUUCAUGCUGAGACCUGUGUAUUUUAGGAAAUUAGGGGGUUUCCACAAACUGCUACAACUGCUUUCCAUUUGACAAAUUCUUCAAAGGUCUUGCCCAAAAGAUGAUGCCUGCAAAAGCUGAGCCCUUCUAAAGACGAGUCCAUCAAACAUUGUGCCAAGAAAAUAGCAGACUAUCCAGUUCCACAGUACUAUGAAGAACAUGUACCCUGAAGACAGACACUCAAAAAAAUAGGUGUUUUGAAAGUUGAUUCCUUAAAAGGUUUGGUUCAGGUAUUUAACCUUCAAAAGACUAGUUCCUCAAAAGAUGAUUCCAGAUCCUCUGAAAAAGGAUUCUUUCAAAGACCCGAUCCUUCAGAUGACAGAUCCUCCAACAGAUAGGUUCCCAACCCAAAGAUAUUUCCAAAAGCUUGGAAGUUUUCUGAAGGAUGGGUCUUUCUUUUUUAAGAUGUCCUGUCUUUGGCAAGUCAGGGAUACCAUAUAUAGAAGGUAGUUGUCUCUGUGCCAGGGAAAAUUUGCUCUACACAUAGAAUAUCCUAAGAUGGCAUUUUAAUUGCAUGAUUAAACGUAAGAAAAUCCAGACUGCAUCAAGCAUCAAGGAGGGCCACCAAUCACAUCGAUGUGAUAGUAACCUGUGUAAUCUAGUAAUAUGGCUUUCAACCAUCUGGAUUAUAUUUGUGUCUGUCCGUGUAUGUGUGUGGGUGGGUCAGUGUAUGUGUACAAAUAAUUUGUGUUGAGAUGGUGUAUGUGAACGUGCCAUCUGAACUCAUAGGAUCAGGCCAGGAAGGGCACAUUACUGUCCCCCCUGGUGAGCUAGCCCCUAACAGGUCAAGAGGGAGGGAUGUCCACCAGUGACCAUGGCUGGCCUGUCACAUUCUCUGGAGCCAUAGCCCACCCCUAUGGCUGUGAUCCACACAAGGAAGUCCUCCCAGCCUCAAUGGUACUGUCAGAGAUCUCAGGCCACCCUACAUCCCCACCCAACACCAAAUCAGCAUAGGACUGUCACAUGGGCAGGAUGUGGAAAGGAUGUCCAAGGUGCAAUAAAAUUGGGGUUGUGGCUGAGAUGUGUGAGACUCCACUACUUGGUGACUUCAGAGUCUCCCCAAUCGCAAAGCCCUGAGUGUCUGUAGUAUACUAAAACUGAGUUGCGGGAUGGGGUCAAACAUUGUAGAGAGGAAAGCACUCUACCAAUGCUUUCAAGAUCCAUCUUCCCACAAAGAUCCUUCUGAAGUGUGGUAUUGAGAGAAGGUGCUGGUACGAGUCCCAUUGGGAGAUGGGUCCUUCAAAAGAUAUAUCCUCUUACUGACACCCCCUUCAUGAAAUGAGUUAUUAGAAGGACAAAAAGUCAUAACCCUGUCCUGUGAAUAACUGAUCCAACAAACAUUAAGCUCUGUGAGGGGUUGUGUGUCUGAAGACAUUCGAGAGCUAAUAGCCAGUUGUACGUUAAACUGGUGAUUUGCUUUUGGUGCAAAAACUCCUUAGUGGGCUAUGCUUUUAUUUCAUUGUUGAUCGUUUGAUCCCUGGCUCGUCACCCAAAUUUUUUAGUUUGGGUGAUGUCCAUCAACAGCUGUUGGAGAAAUCUGCUUUACUGCACACAUUUUUCUGUCGUCAUACUAAAAUAAACCUUAAGAGGUACAAACAGCAGAAUCUGCUAACUUGGCUGCUUCAAAAGAUAUAUUUUCAGUUUGUAGACUCACCUGCUCAGUGUAGAUUUCCUUCUGCAUGAAUUUAUGUGGAUCCGUCCUCAACGUUCAGGUCCACCUGAAGACAUUGUGUUCGGCCUUCAGUCGUUUUUCAUCUUCCUAGUGGAGUCGGCAAACUGCAGACCUCCAGGUACCUUCACUGACAACAUCCCUCCUGAAAACAAAGCUGCCAAACUUUUCUGAAGAAGCCAAACGUCUCUGUGUGUAUCAGUGGUUUUACGUGUUUCACAUCAUCCUGUUAAUGUUUCAUCGUGUUUUUAACUGCAACAAUCCUGUUUGUUACGUUGUUGGUCAUAUAUGCAGAAGAGUUAUCAAAUAAACUGAAAUAAACUCUUAAGACUCACUGAGAGUGAGCUUCUUUAUUCCGCCACCAGAUGGCGAUAUGAUUUAUUUAAAAUCAGGCUCCAGAAGAAAAUAACUUUUAAAA